UAUUUCUCAAUUGAGCAUAUAUUAAUCAUGGAAGAAGCUCUAAGCACAUCAAGUCAAAAUUUCGGGAUAAAGACACCGAUAAGUGGCUCAAGAUAUUCUGUUGCUAUAGCAAUAAUUUAUAUUAUCAGUAUUACUCUUGGUGCUGGCCUAGUAUCAUUACCUUACAGUAUUUUGAAGUCAGGAAUUCCUUGGUCGAUCAUAUAUCACAUAUUUAAUUGUGCUUGAUCAAUUUAUUCAGUCCAUCUGUACCUUAAGUGAGCUGAAGUUACUGGAUAUGAUUCAAUUGCAAGGAUAGGAUGCCAGGUGUUAGGACAGUCUUCAUUAUAUCUCGUGAAUUUAUGGCAAUUUCUUUUAUUUGGAAUUGUUCCUCUAGCUUACUUCAUUAUUUGAUCAAAUAUUUUGAGAAAUUUUAUAAGCAAAAGUAGCUGGAUAGAGGAGAAUGCAAAAAACACUAUCGGUAGCCAAUGGUUUACUGCACUUUUAUUAACAAUAUUUAUCUUUCCAUGGAUUCUUAAGAGAAAUUUUUCUGAACUCAAAAUACCUGGCAUUUUGUUUUUCAUAAGCUUGAUCUGUUUUAUUUUGCUAUUUUUCACGAUCUGGUUAUUUGAUCCUGCAGGGCUCGGUGGAAAGAAUAAGGCUGCUGAGUGGGAUCCAUUUUCUUUUACAUUUAAUAAGGAGUUUUUCGAUACUUUAACUACCGCAUAUGUAGCCUAUGGAUUUCAUUCAGGCUUCUUUCCAGUUUUCAAUAAUCUGAAAGAAAAAAACUACAAUCAAGGAAUGAAAAUGAUUACUUUGUCAAUGACUUUUUGAUUAUUUAUCGUUUUAUCAGUUAGCUUCGCUGCUCUCUAUAUCUUUAAAGAUUCAAUCCACCCAAACAUUAUUGAGAACUUUGAAUCAAAAGAAAACGGAGAGUCUUGGGAAGGAUACACACUAACUGCAUUAUAUAUGAUAUUUGUUUGAUUCCAUUUUCCAUCCAUUUUCAUGAUAGGGAAAGAUUCUUUGCUUACCAUUGUUGCGCUGGUGUGCCUCAGAGGUGAAACACAACAAAGAAUUGAACAAAGUCUUAGCUUUGAUGAGAGUAAAGAUCUCCAUAAGAUUAAUACAAGAGAAGUUGGGGAAGAGAAAAUUGGACUUUUGGUUGAAGAUCAAUGGAAUGAAAAUGAGAGUUAUAUUAAUAAAUCCUCAUUUAAAACUCAAAUUUAUAACGAACAAUCUCUGAUUGACCAAUGAAAGAACCAGCACAGAGAAACUAAAUCUUUCAAAAAAGAGAGAAGUUUUAGUACAAGUCUUCAUGACCCUCUGGAUAUAUGCAAAGCUAAUAUAGAGACUUCGUCUGACCGUCGUAGGAAAAUGAUAUAUUAUUCGGUUACAAUCUUUCUUUUCCUCCUUACAGUUGGCUUGUCGUUACUCAUCAGAGAUUCAGAGAUUGUUGUACAAUAUCUUGGCAUUGUUGGAUGCUCACUACUAAAUUAUAUAUUUCCUGGCUUGUUCUACUUUGUGAUCAUGCGUAAGCAUCGUGUUAAUAAUAGACUGUGGCAACUGACCUUGGCAUUCGCAUUAAUAGUUUAUGGAAUCAUGAUGAUUGUGCUGGUGGUGGUAAUAAAACUAUAUUAGCCUUAUGAAGAUGAUAAGUAAAAUGAAUAUUGAUGUUUUAACAUGGCUUA